CAAACAGACAGGAGGAGGAGGAGACCCUCAACUUGAGCUCAGGAGCCGGUGCUCCAACUGUGCAGUGAGUCUCAGCUCUCCACCGGACCGGUAUGCACUAUCCACCGGAGAGGAAGUGAUCCACGGUGACCGAGAAACAUGCAGGCGGAGGACAUGGAGGUACCUAUCAUAAAUAUCCUUAACGAUAACGGCGACCGACAGAGGCCGAAAGGGAAAGAUGUGUUCAAGGAUCUGCAGAAGGAGUCGGAGCUCGAGGCAGGAGGUGGAUCGAGCUGAAGGUGGAGGAGCAGAAGACGUAUGUAAUGAGGUUGCUGGAUGCACUGGAGGUCACGGACAGAGAUAAGAGGCUGAAAGUGGCCAGGGCAAUCCUCUACUUGGCUCAGGGAGUGUUUGAUGAGUGUGACACCGAGGUGGAUGUGCUCCACUGGUCCAGACACAAUGUUUUUCUGCUCUACGACAUGGGAAUCUUCACAGCACUGCUGGAGCUGCUUAGCAUGGAGAUAGACAAUAACCAGGCGUGCAGCAGUGCAGUGAGGAAGCCUGCCAUCUCUCUUGCAGACAGCACGGAGCUCAGAGUCUUACUGAGCAUCAUGUACCUUAUGGUGGAGACUGUUAGAGUUCAAACAGAGGAUGACAGACCAGAGUGGAGGGCAGCAAGAGAAGCCUUCAAGAAUGAGCUAGGUUCACCUUUGUACAACGGAGAGCCCUUUGCCCUGCUCCUCUUCACCAUGGUGACCAAGUUCUGCAGCAUGAACGCCCCACACUUCCCCAUGAAGAAAGUACUACUGCUGCUCUGGAAGACAAUACUGUUCACCUUGGGGGGUUUCGAGGAGCUCCAGGGGAUGAAGGUGAGGGGCCGGGAGCGUCUGAACCUGGCCCCGCUGCCGGAGGACAGCAUCAAGGUGGUGAGGGCCAUGAGAGCUGCCUCCCCCCCCGCCUCUGCCAUGGAGCUCAUCGAACAACAGCAGCAGCAGAAGAGAGGCCGUCGCAGCCGCAGGAGUGCCUUUGUUGAUAGCUUGGAAGGAGACAGUCCCUUUGCCAAGAAGCAGCCCCUGGUGAAGCAGGACAGCCUGGACACGUACAACGAGCGGGACCCCUUUAAGAACGAUGACGCCCGGGACGAGGAGGAGGACCCCGAGGACACGGACAGCGGCAUCGAGGGAGAGGUGGAUCCCUUGGACCGUGAUGUCAUCAUCCAGCCCCCGCCUCCACCACCUCCCCUCAGACCCCCCACAGAGAAGGUCAACUUACCCAAAGGCCUCCCCUGGGCCCCUAAAGUCAGGGAGAAAGACAUCGAGCACUUCCUGGAGACCAGCCGUAACAAGUUUAUCGGUUUCACUCUGGGGAACGACACAGACACCCUGGUGGGCCUUCCCAGACCCAUCCAUGAGAGCGUGAAGACCCUUAAACAGCACAAAUAUGUAUCCAUCGCAGAGGUCCAGAUCCAAAAGGAGGACGAGCUGCAGCAGUGUCCGAUGACUCUGGGGGAGGAGGAGGUGGAGGAGACCCCAACAGAGAUGCUGUAUCUGGGCAUGCUGCCUAACCUCUCCCAGUAUGUGAUUGCCCUCCUGAAGCUGCUGCUGGCUGCAGCUCCAACCUCCAAAGCCAAAACGGACUCCAUAAACAUCUUGGCUGAUGUUCUGCCUGAGGAGAUGCCUAUCACAGUCCUUCAGAGCAUGAAGCUGGGAAUUGAUGUGAACCGCCAUAAGGAAAUCAUCGUCAAGGCCAUCUCUGCUCUGCUGCUGCUGCUCCUCAAACACUUCAAACUCAACCAUAUUUACCAGUUCGAGAUUGUCUCCCAGCAUCUGGUGUUUGCCAACUGUAUCCCACUCAUUCUUAAGUUCUUCAACCAGAACAUCAUGUCCUAUAUCAGUGCCAAAAACAGCAUAUGUGUGCUGGACUUCCCUAACUGUGUGGUCCAUGAGAUGCCUGAGCUCACUGCUGAGAGCCUGGAAGCAGGAGACAGCAACCAGUUCUGCUGGAGGAACCUGUUUUCAUGCAUCAAUCUGCUGAGAAUAUUAAACAAGCUGACCAAGUGGAAACACUCCAGGACGAUGAUGCUGGUGGUGUUCAAGUCGGCCCCCAUCCUGAAGAGAGCUCUGAAGGUGAAGCAGGCCAUGAUGCAGCUCUACGUCCUCAAGCUGCUGAAGAUCCAGACCAAGUACCUGGGCCGCCAGUGGAGGAAGAGCAACAUGAAGACCAUGUCGGCCAUUUAUCAGAAGGUCCGCCACAGGCUCAACGACGACUGGGCCUACGGGAACGAUAUCGACGCUCGUCCCUGGGACUUCCAGGCGGAGGAGUGCGCGCUGCGGGAGAGCAUCGAGAAGUUCAACAGCCGCCGCUACGACAAGAACAAGAACUGGGAGUUUGCGCCCGUGGACAACUGCCUGCAAAGCGUGCUGGGCCAGAGGGUGGAGCUGCCCGAGGACUUCCACUACAGCUACGAGAUGUGGCUGGAGAGGGAGGUCUUCUCACAGCCCAUCCAGUGGGAGGGGCUGCUGCAGAAUCCAUGAUGGAGGGCAGGGAGCGGGGGGCGGGGUGUAGAGAGAGGUGAAGCCUAUUGGAGGUGUUUUAGGGUGUUUCCUUAUUGCAAAACUGGAAGUAGAAGGAGGAAGGAGCAGGGAUGGGGGUUCUACUUCACAUGAGUGAUGGAGGAAUGGGGGAGGGGGAAGAAUCUAGAGAUGGAGAAGCUAGAAAUGGAGAAGCCAUCACACAGGCUAUGCAGGGUUGAGAGAAAAAUGGAAGAUGAAGGGAAAUUUGACGAACGAAUGGAGCCAAACAGACACACACUCGAUGUUAACAUGUGCCUAUGACUACUGUGAACACACACGGACAGGCAAGAACAGAGGUAGCAGCUAAUAAGACGUAGCAGGAGACGGCCACUUAUACUGCCCCCCCCUGAACAAAUUAUGUCACCACUUUGUCAAUUUAUAUGUCCCCCUUUUUAAAACGUUGGUGCUUUUUUGACGAUUGUUUCCUAUUUACUUUUGUGAGUUAAUUAAGGUGAUUUAUAAUCCGUCGUUUUUUUUAUUAUUUUUUACACAAAGCCUACUGUAAGUAUCUGGGUGUAGUUGAUGGAUUUUUCUUAAGCAUUUUCUAGAAAAAAAGGGCCUUUUUGGAAGAAAAACCACAGGGGGAUUUUCAUGGUUAAAACGUAGAAGUGGGAUCUAUCUCCACCGAUGGCAUAGUGAUUUUACAUAAUAUGUCAGAAAUAUACCAGCUGUUAGUGUAUGGGUUUGUUUGUGAAUGUAAAAAUGAUGUAGGUGAAGAAAGAAAAAAACAGUACAUGAAAAUAGGAAGAAGUUGGAAACCGAAUAUACAUUUUCUGCAGGAAUCUGAUAUAUUUUUAAAAAUAGAAACUUGUAUAUAAUCGUUAAUAUUCCAGAAAUCUAAUAGGGACUUCAAAAUCGAGAAAUCACAAAUCUAUACUCACUGAUGUCAUCCAAGAUUUCACAUAUCAAACCUAAGAAUGGAUAUGGUCCCAUAGAAAUAACAGGGGUGUUUUGUGCACUGGAUUGGUUUACAAGAUGCACAUUUGCCCCAAAAACGUCACCUUUUUGAAGUAGUUUUGUCUUUUUAAAAUCCAAAAAUAUUAUUCUGAUAAAUUUGAGAUCUCACAUUGUGUGUCACCUGUAAAGGGUAAUUUCUGAGUAUGGGGAAAAAGCCACUUCCCUGAGUUUUUAUAUGGAACCAUGCUAAGCUAACCAAACCUCAUUAAUGAUCAGAAUAACCAACAAUCGUGACUCCACCCCCCUCUGAACAACAGCACAAUUACCCACAGUCCUCCUUGGUGGUGGCCUUGGUGAGCACGUUGCCACCCUUUGCUUAGAAGAACACAGCUGACACAAUAAUGGUGCUGUUUUUUCUUAUUCGUCUACACUGUAUAUGUCGCUCACGUCCAACUACCUAAAGCAGGGCUCCAGAGUUCGGAGCUCUGAAUAGAUUCUGAAAAACUGAAGCACAGAAAACAAAAAAAGCAUGGUCGCCUUUCUUUCAUGUCACUCACACUCGGUUCAGAUUGAAGAGCAGUCAUUUAUUAGCUCUGUAUAGAACAAUAAUUUUGUCGAUGUGCAUGGCCACUGUUUUGUACCUGGUCACAUUUAAAUUUGUGGAAUGGCUUCUUUUUUGUUGUCUAAUGAUGUUUCCAACACAAUUAGAAAAGUGUACUUGUUUCUUCUCGUAUAAAAAUAUUAUUGUGUACUAAAUAGAUUCUCAGGUUUAUGGAGAUAAUAUAUUGCAAAAGUUUUUAAGCUUCCUUGCCAUCAUCUAGCUCAUGACAUAUAGUGAUGAAGACACUUUGAUCAUCACAUUCGUAUAUGAAAAUACACCUGAAGCACUAAACAUAUACUGCACAGGAUGUACUACACAAUAACUCAUCGUGAGUUUGUAUUCAUGUCAGCGACAUUUCAUGUUGGGAUGUAUUUUUUUGUAUCUUGUGCCAAAUUUCAGUGCCAUUUUCUAUUUUUUAUUUCAUCGUCGUUGCCUCCAUGAUUAUAUUUGUUUCCUUCACUCAACCACUGAAGGUUUACAAUACAAAAAAAUGUUUUUUUUCUACAAUCAAUGAAAGUAAUUGUUUCUUGUAUCUGGUACUGUAUUUUACCAGGGGUGUUACGCAUUGUAUGGGUGUUACUAUAGUAUCUAUGGUUUUUUUUUGUUACACACAUUUCCAUAUCUUUAUAGUCUUGAAAAAAAUAAAUACUGGAUCUGUUCUGGGGUAUGUGCAAUUACAGAUUCAUAGAGGCAUUAUUUAAUAGAAUGACAAAGUACACUAUGAGAGUUGCUUAUUAAAUAAUGUUGAAGA